AUGUUCUCAGUUGACGACAUUUUAGAAGGUAAAAUGUGGCCGGAGGGGUUACAAAUGGAUCAAGAGAUUUUGCUGGAUGCCGGUGCGCAGCUCCACCGGUUGAAGAUGUUCCCGUAUUUUGACAUUGCCCACUACAUUCUUAUGAUCUGCGAGGUACGUGACGAUCUUGCCUCCUCAGCUAGCCUCUUCUCUCGCAAACAUCCGUUAUCAUGUUGGUUGUCCUCGAUGCUGAUGUGCUUUGCGGAUUCGUUUCUAGCCAAUUUCCUCCUUGGUGAACCUGUGAUUGCUCCAUUCAAACGACAUGAUGACAUCGUUUUGGCGACAAUCGUGUGGUACCUCGUCUUCUACGCGCCCUUUGAUGGUAUCUACAAACUCUCUAAAAUUAUGCCCGUCUAUAGUGUGCUAUCAGUGAUGAAAGAAGUGAAACGAGCUUACAAGGUGACUCAUGGAGUAUCGCACGCCGCGAAACUAUAUCCAAACUCCUACAUCGUGCAAGUUCUAGUGGGUACGGCAAAGGGUGCUGGAUCUGGAAUUUUAAGAACGAUCGAACAGUUGAUACGUGGCGUUUGGCUACCGAAUCAUAACGAAGCACUUCGUCCAUCAUUCGCGACGAAGGCUUGCUUUCUUGCCUCAGUCAUAUUUGCGUUGGAGAAGAACAGCGUAUAUAUUACGGCACCACAUGAUCUGGUCUAUUUGGGCGUAGUCGGUUUUCUGGUGUAUUUCAAACUUUCUGCAGUCCUACUUCAUGUAACGGAUCCUUUCGCUCCGAUUGAGAAUCUCUUCUGCGCAGUAUUCAUGGGAGGCAUCUGGGACGCACUGUCAAGAGCGCUGGCUGCAGCUCGCGAACGACGUGCGGCUGGACAUGCGACAGAGAACGGAACGAUCUCGAGCGUAAUUGAUAAUCAGGAGAUGGUAAGCUGUAAGCAGAGUGAGGAAAUGGGAAAGUCUUCUUCAGCUAGGCUUGAUCAGAUUCAGGUAAUUGAGGUUUGUCGAACAAAUCUCGACGCCAUCUGGCCGUAUCUUUUAGUGUCGCUUAAACAGGCGGAUUUUAUAGCAAUAGAUUUGGAAUUAUCCGGGCUCGGAUCACGUCAAGCAAGUUUUGCUAAAAAUGUCGGUGAUCGGUAUACAGCGCUAUGUGAAGCAGCGAAAACGAGAAGUAUUCUUUCACUUGGGCUAGCAUUUUUCAAGAAAGCAGGACAAAGUGAAUCGAAAAGACGACUGAAAUUUUCUUGUCAAAUUCUGAGUCGUGGACGUUAUCAUAACGAAGAUUUUCAGGCAUGUCCCCUUAGAUCUCUGAUGGCACAGUUGUUAUCCCGUGGAGCCCCUAUGUUCUUUCAUAAUGGUUUAGUAGAUAUAGUCUUCCUGUAUCAUCACCUCUAUUCUCCACUGCCAGAGAGCUAUGGGGAGUUCUGUAAUGCUCUAGCUGAUCUCUUCCCUCCAGAGUCACCUGUUUGUGAUACGAAGUACUUGGCCGAGUAUCAAACACGAAUGUCUGGAUCUUUUCUUGAAUAUGUAUUUCGGAAAUGUCAAGGCGAUAAUGUGCGUGAAUCUCUAGAGCCGCGCUGGCAUCUGAAGAUAACUUUCGAUGACGUCACUUCGAUGAUGACGCCGUUACGCGAAGCGUGCGAAACCGUGGACUGUCGCCUUCCAAUGGGUUUCCCUGAUCAUCCUCUUCCCAACGAUCUCUCAGAGAAAGUUUGUGAGCAAUUUGCGAACCACGGAUUCUGUCGCAAGCAGCGUCAAGGCCAAUGUAGUUUGCUUCAUGAUGUUGACUUUGCGAUAGAUUUGGAACAAAUACGACAAGAACGCAACCGUAAGAGGCGUAAAAGGAGAUUUGAUCACUUAAAACCAGACAACAUUUUGGAAAAGGAAAGACUGGAAGAGGAGAAGAAAGAGGCUCGCAGAGAGCGAGUUUCUGUAGAAGAUCUAAAAAAUAAACCAAGGAUUGCUGUAACUGGUUGCCAUCGUGCUGGCGUCGACGCGUUCAUGACCGGCUAUGCGGCUCUUUUUCAAAGUCGCCUACGCCUUUGUCGAGAAGGGACAUUGGAUAGUCAACAUGUAAAUCGGAUCCCACUCUCGGGGAAGCAGGAGCCAUUCAUCAUCCAGCCUACGCAGUUCUCUGGAAAUUGUUCUAAGCACGAGAAUCGUUUUGCAGAAAUUCAAGCAGCAAGGAAUAGGAAUAGUACUGCUGCUACAGCUGGCAACAGUUAA